AUGAAGUGCUCGUUGCGCUUCUGCUUCCUCUCGACCGCCUUCCUGCUCAUCUUCGUCAUGUCCCUCCUCUUCACCUACUCCCACCACAGCAUCGCCUACCUGGACCCUGGCGGGCUGGCCGGCAUCCACCGGGUGAAGCUGGUACCCGGCUACGCCGGCAUGCAGCGGCUCAGCAAGGGGGGGCCGUACCCCCGGGGCUGCGCCUGCCGCCGCUGCCCGGCCGAGGAGGCCGGGGCUGCCAACUGGUUUGAUGGGCGCUACGACGGCACCAUCUCCCCGGUGUGGACCAAGGAGAACAUGGACCUGCCACCCGACGUCCAGAGGUGGUGGAUGAUGCUGCAGCCCCAGUUCAAGUCCCACAACACCCAUGAGGUCCUGAGCAAGCUCUUCCAAAUCGUGCCGGGCGAGGAUCCCUACCGCUCCCGCGACCCGCACCACUGCCGCCGCUGCGCCGUGGUCGGCAACUCGGGCAACCUGCGUGGCUCUGGUUACGGGCCGGAGAUAGACGGGCACGACUUUGUCAUGCGGAUGAACCAGGCCCCCACGGUGGGUUUCGAGGGUGACGUGGGCGGUCGGACCACGCACCACUUCAUGUACCCCGAGAGUGCCAAGAACCUGCCCGCCAACGUCAGCUUCGUGCUGGUGCCCUUCAAAACCCUGGACUUGCUCUGGAUCGCCAGUGCCCUCUCCACCGGCCAGAUCAGGUUCACAUACGCGCCCGUGAAGCCUUUUCUGCGGGUCCCGUCCUCCCAGGUGCAGAUCUACAACCCUGCCUUCUUCAAGUAUAUCCACGACCGCUGGACAGAGCACCACGGGCGCUACCCCUCCACCGGCAUGCUGGUGCUCUUCUUCGCCCUCCAUGUCUGCGACGAGGUGAACGUCUUCGGCUUCGGCGCCGACAGCCGGGGCAACUGGCACCACUACUGGGAGAACAACCGCUAUGCUGGGGAGUUCAGGAAGACGGGGGUGCACGAUGCUGACUUCGAGGCGCACAUCAUCGACAUGCUGGCCAAAACCAGCAAGAUCGAGGUUUACCGGGGGAACUGA